AUGGUCUUCAAACCCUUCAAGUCCCCUUUAGUUAGGAACUCCGCUACAACCUCCACCAACAACCCCGACGAGCCCAGUCGUCCUACCAAAAAGCCCCGCCUCGAAGACGAACCAGCACCCAAGGAUGUGCAAUCACCGAUAGACAGUCGAAAGCCACUCCUACAAGUUAACAAUCGAAGAUCUGACAGCACAACACAGUCAUCAUCCGGUGAAAAAGAUGAUACAUCCGACGAAAGAUAUUUCAAUGUUCUCUGGCGCAAACCAAGCGCCAAAAAGCACAAAACAUGGGACGGAGACGGAAUUCUCUCUACCCGCGGAGAGUUUGUGUAUCUACGAGACAUUGCCGGGAAGGAGAUGGGACGGAAGGUGCACGAAGCCCGUCUCGAGCCCGGAACAACACUGUCUAUCUCCGGCAAAGAGAUUGAGAUAGACUCCGAGAUUUCGCGCAAGGAAUACCUCUCCGGCAGAGUGUUCCUGGAAGCCACGAAGUCAGCACCUACCUCUACGCCGGACCCUGUGCCCACACCCAAGAAAGAAGCCCUCCCCGCCCGAAAGAAGGGUGAAGUACGCAAACCUACGGCUGCUGAGCGGACACAGUCCCUCAAGCGCUCGCUAGCUCUCGUUACAAACCCUAAUGCGAACCCUGGAACUGCACCCGCGAAAUUUGCGGCUUAUAAGGCGCCGCUGCUUGUGAAUACGGUUGCUCCCAAGGUUAUGGGGAAGGUCGUUCCGCGUCAUGACCCCAAGGCGGUUGGUGCGUUGGUUAUGCCGCGGCCGAAAUCUGUGCCGAAGGGAAAGCAGGUUGUGGAUGUUGUUGUUGAUCCUCUCUUGACCAAGAACUUGCGACCGCAUCAGCGUGAGGGUGUGAAGUUCUUGUAUGAGUGUGUGAUGGGCAUGCGGUCGUUUAAUGGUGAAGGUGCCAUUCUCGCAGAUGACAUGGGCUUGGGAAAGACUUUGCAAACUAUUGCGCUGCUUUGGACUCUGCUCAAGCAGAAUCCUGUCUUUGAAGCCCCGCCUGUCAUUAAGAAGGCAUUGAUUGUGUGUCCUGUCACUCUUAUCAAUAACUGGCGGAAGGAGUUCCGCAAGUGGCUCGGCAAUGAGCGCAUUGGCGUUUUUGUCUUUGACGACAAGAGUAAGCGUCUGACUGAUUUCACCAAGGGCCGGGCUUAUAGUAUCAUGAUUGUUGGAUAUGAGAAACUCAGAACGGUCCAGGAAGCUUUGGCGAAUGGUUCUGGAGUCGAUAUUAUCAUCGCGGACGAAGGCCAUAGGCUCAAGACCUUGCAGAACAAGAGUGGUCUAGCGAUCCAAUCGCUCAGCGCCGUGAAGAGAGUGAUUCUCUCCGGCACGCCAAUUCAAAAUGAUCUGAGAGAGUUCUUUGCAGCCGUGGACCUUGUUAAUCCAGGGAUCCUAGGAACUUUCAAGUCCUUCAUUCGAGAGUUCGAGACCCCAAUUGUUCGCAGCAGACAGCCCGAAGCAACGCGAAAGGAAAUCGAGAAGGGAGAGUCCAGAGGCGAAGAGCUGCGAGAACUCACCUCCAAAUUCAUGCUCCGCCGAACAGCAGACAUCCUGGCCAAAUACCUUCCACCAAAGACCGAAUACGUUCUCUUCUGCAAACCAACCCGUCCUCAAGCAAACAUCUACAAAGCAGUCCUCGCCUCCCCGAUCUUCCAAACCGCAAUGGGCAACGCUGAAAGUGCCCUGCAACUAAUAACAAUCCUCAAAAAGCUCAGCAACAGCCCUUCCCUCCUAACCGCGAAAAACAACAAUAACACGCCCAACGAAACAAUGACCGCCCUCAUCGCCUCCAUUCCCCAACCUCUCCAUCGCCACUUAUCCCCCUCCUCGAGCGCAAAAAUCCGCGUCCUUGACCAACUCCUCGACACAAUGCGCAACAAAACAGACGAGAAAAUCGUCCUCGUCUCAAACUACACCUCAACCCUCUCUCUCCUCGCAACCCUCCUCACCUCCCUAGGCCUCCCCUACCUCCGCCUCGAUGGCAGCACACCCGCCCAGAAACGGCAGGGCCUGGUGGACGAUUUCAACCGUCUCCCCGCAAGCUCCUGCUUCGCCUUCCUGCUAUCUGCGAAAGCAGGCGGGACAGGUCUCAACCUGAUUGGUGCGAGCCGUCUCAUCCUCUUCGAUGUAGACUGGAACCCAGCAACGGAUAUCCAGGCCAUGGCACGGAUUCACCGCGACGGCCAGAAACGACCUUGUCGCAUCUACCGUGUUCUACUCAAGGGCAGUCUCGAGGAGAAGAUUUGGCAGAGACAGGUUACCAAGCUUGGUCUUGCAGAUAGUGUUAUGCAGGAGAGGAGCACCAGUAAUAGUGGUGCGCAGUUCUCGGCUGCUGAACUCAGGGAUUUGUUCAGGCUCGACGAGGACAGGGCUUGUCAGACGCAUGAGUUGCUGGGCUGUCGGUGUGGUGGACGGGGUGUUCCGGCUGACGUUGAGGCUUCUUCGUCUGGGGCUGCGACGCCUGCUACUGUUGAUGCUGGGUCUGAGGGUGAGGACUUGUCGGAUCCUCCUUCUGACUUUGAUGACUUUGAUGAUGGUUAUGAUUCGGAUGAGUCGCUGCCGAAACCUCAUACUCUUGUUAAAGCUUCUGAGGUCGAUAUGGAGAAACAAGAACAGUCUAUCCGGGACGGCACUCAUCGUGCCAAGAUAGCUAGGAAGGGAAAGAAAAGUACGAAAGACAAAGAAAGCGAGACUAAGAGUCCCAAAGAUAAGAUGCACCAGUCUUUAGCUCAGUACUCGCACAUUGACCCAUCUCUGCUUGCAGCCGAGUCCGAUUCUAAUGAGGCUGGGGCUGAAGAUGAGGAGCUUGAAGCUGCCAUUGAUGAUGAUGUGUUGGUUUCUAUGCUGAAGGAUGAGUGUAAUUUGAUUGGGUAUGUCUUCAAGAAGACCAAUGGGGCGGAAAUGAGGAGUUAG